UCUUCAUUACUCCUCAAUCCCUUCAAUCUCCCCUCCUCUUCCUCAAUCCUCACACAAUGGCUUCCCGUGGUCUUCCCCGUGCCCUCCGUGUGGCUCGUGUCGCCGCCCCCCGAUCAGUCGUUUCCGCCGCCCUUCCCCGGCCCUCUCUCGCUAAGAUUGCUGCCAAUGCCGUCCCCCGUGUGGCCGCUCCCGUCGUCCCCGUCCGUGGUGUCAAGACCAUCUCCUUUGCCGACUCCCAGGAGACCGUCUACGAGCGUGCCGACUGGCCCCGUGAGAAGCUGCAGGAAUACUUCAAGAACGACACUCUUGCCCUGAUCGGUUACGGUUCUCAGGGUCACGGCCAGGGUCUGAACCUGCGUGACCAGGGUCUUAACGUCAUUGUUGGUGUCCGCAAGGAUGGUGCUUCCUGGAAGGAGGCCAUCCAGGACGGCUGGGUUCCCGGCAAGAACCUGUUCGAGGUUACCGAGGCUGUCCAGAAGGGUACCAUUGUCAUGAACCUCCUCUCCGAUGCUGCUCAGUCUGAGACCUGGCCCACUCUCAAGCCCCUCAUCACCAAGGGCAAGACUCUCUACUUCUCCCAUGGUUUCUCCCCCGUUUUCAAGGAGAAGACCAAGGUCGAUGUUCCCUCUGACGUCGAUGUCAUCCUCGUCGCCCCCAAGGGUUCCGGCCGUACCGUUCGCACUCUCUUCCGUGAGGGCCGUGGUAUCAACUCCUCCAUUGCCGUCUUCCAGGAUGUUACUGGCAAUGCUAAGGAGAAGGCUAUCGCCAUGGGUGUUGCUGUCGGUUCCGGCUACCUCUACGAGACUACCUUUGAGAAGGAGGUCUACUCUGACCUCUACGGUGAGCGUGGCUGCCUCAUGGGCGGUAUCCACGGUAUGUUCCUUGCUCAGUACGAAGUCCUCCGUGAGCGUGGUCACAGCCCCUCCGAGGCUUUCAACGAGACCGUCGAGGAGGCUACCCAGUCUCUGUACCCUCUGAUCGGCGCCAACGGUAUGGACUGGAUGUACGCCGCUUGCUCCACGACCGCCCGCCGUGGUGCCAUCGACUGGUCCAGCCGCUUCAAGGACAACCUGAAGCCCCUCUUCAACGAGCUCUACGAUAGCGUUCGCGACGGCACAGAGACCCAGCGCUCUCUGGACUACAACUCCCAGAAGGACUACCGCGAGAAGUACGAGAAGGAGAUGCAGGAGAUCCGUGAUCUCGAGAUCUGGCGCGCCGGAAAGGCCGUCCGCUCCCUCCGUCCCGAGAACCAGAAAUAACUUAAUGCGAUGUAUAAACCUGGGUUGGGAAAAGUUACGAAUGUACCAUGACUUCAUUUUUUGUUCUUAUAAUAAUACCACUAAAGCAUUGACUGGUUACCAAGU